AUGUCAAGCCACGUCCCCUCCUUCAGGCGAGCGCAGACAGACUUCUCGACAGAGUCGUCCAGCCCGCUGCGCCAUGGGUCGACAGCAUCCACUAACUCCUCCAUUUACUCCCUCGCGUCCAGUUCGUUUGCGCCGAGUCGGACCAGCACCGUCUCGUCAACUGCAUCGAUCCAGAGCAACCUCGGUCACUAUAGGGGAAAGAGUGAAGCAAGCAUCAUGGGACCCCCACCCGAUCCCAUCCCGGAACGAGGAGGUCGGUCGAACGCGGGCGCAGCGUACGAGAAUAUUCGUCGGUCCCUGCGACCGCUGCAGCAAGCGCCCAAUGGCGCGCGCGAGAAACCGAGCUCUUUACACUCUCGAAGCCACACCAUCGAUGAAUCGCAACCCUGGAAGGAAAAUCGACCCACCACCCCCGAGACGCGUCAGAUUCACCUCCAGGAAAAUCAGUCGCCUCGCCACAGAGUAAAUGCCUACGAGCCUCAAACGCCUCCACACACGGCUUCGCCUCAUCACUGGUCUCCUGACCGGGGAUCCUCACGCCCACACUCGCCUCAGAAGACGCAACAGUCCAACAGUCCCCAUCCGCCGCAACUCACCACCGCGCUCUCGGCACCGGAACUAGAGACCUUCCAGAAAUCGUCGACACGCCACCUCAGGACUCUGUCCAAGAUUGCACAGUCGGGUGAAAGUGAUGAAUUCACGUUGCAAACAACCACCCCUUCCGUGGUGGGCCUGCAAGGACGACGCCGUCUGAAGCGCGCUGAUUCAACAGCCGCGACCAGUGGCUCCACCUCCCCUCGCAAACCCAAUGCCUCCUCGUGGGCCGCCGGUAACUGGAUGGACCAGCAACGACAGUUCUUGCAAGCCUAUGAAUAUCUGUGCCACAUUGGAGAGGCCAAGGAGUGGAUUGAAGGGGUGAUCCAGAAGCAAAUCCCGCCUAUCGUUCAACUGGAAGAAGCGCUACGAGAUGGCGUGACUCUGGCAGAGGUCGUGCAAGCCAUGUAUCCCGAUCGAACACUUCGAAUAUUCCAUAACCCCAAACUACAAUUUCGCCAUUCGGACAACAUUGCCUUGUUCUUCCGCUUCCUUGACGAGGUCGAGUUACCCGAGCUUUUCCGAUUCGAACUGAUCGACCUGUACGAGAAGAAGAACCUGCCCAAAGUCAUUCAUUGUAUCCACGCACUCUCCUGGCUGUUAUUUAAGAACGGGCUCUUAGACUUUCGCAUGGGCAACCUCGUCGGACAGCUGGAGUUUGAGCACCAUGAGCUCGAGAAAACCCAGAAAGGUCUCGACAAAGCAGGUGUCAGCAUGCCUAGUUUUGCCGGCAUGGCGGCGAACUUUGGUGCAGAGCCCGAGCUGGUUGAGACAGAGGAAGAACGAAUUGAUCGAGAAAUGCAUGAAAAUGAAGCAUCAAUCUGUGAUUUACAAUCUCAGAUUAGAGGAGCGAUGCUCCGGCUGCGACUCGGAAACACCAUGAACGAUCUCUGGGACUUUGAACCUCUGUUGAUUGAUUUGCAAAGUCGGUUGCGCGGUGAUUGGGCCCGUCAGAUCAGCCAGUACCGACUCAGCAUGCUCCAAUUUGCGGUCAAUCUACAGGCGAGUAGCCGGGGAUUCCUUGUGCGACACCGUCAGCGAGGCGACAAGAAGUGGCGCAAGGCCCAAGAAGGUGAUGUUCUCAUCUUACAGAGCCUGAUUCGUGGCUGCAAAGCUCGAGCGCAGACCAACGUGCUCAUUAGUCGCGCGCGACGCGAGGAACAUGGCAUCAAGCGGUUCCAGGCUGCCUUGAGAGGUGCUUUGCAACGGAAGCAGAUGACCGAGCAAUUCGAGGAGGUGGAGGAAGCCAAUAACCCAGUCAAACUGCUUCAGGCUGUGUUGCGGGGGACGAUGGCCCGUCAACGCCUGUCUCAGAUGAAAGCUUCACUUCACGAUGAAUCUCGCCGAAUAACAGCCCUUCAAUCGAGUGCUAGGGCACUGGCAGCGCGCAACCGCCAUUCAAAGCUGUUAGACUCCAUUGCAAAAACACAGGAUGGGCUGAUUGCUUUGCAAGCUAAGGCUCGAGCUGCAGUUGUGAGACGAGAGACGUCAGCUCUCCGUGCUCAGCUGGCCCAGCAUCAAUCAGCAGUAACUGAGUUCCAUGGCAUCCUCAGAGGCACUGCCUUGAGGCAAUUCCUGGAUUCGCAGCGCCGCUCAUUGCUUAAGGCGGAAGAUUCCGUUUUGGAUUUGCAAUCCAAGGCUCGGGGAGUGAUCCAGCGGAGGCGUUUGAGGGCUCAAAGAGAGGCCUUGAAGAAGCAGGAGCACUUGGUUGUCGAUCUUCAAUCGCUUGCUAGAGCAGCAAUCCUACGCAUUGAUGUCGGCAGCAUUUUGUCUCGCCUCGAGGACAACGAAGAUGAAGUUGUUCAAUUACAAGCCCUGGCCCGAGCUAUGAUCCUUCGGGUUCAGAUCUGUCAAACGCUGACCGAUCUUGAAGAUCAAGAAGACACCAUCAUUGAUCUUCAAGCACGCAUCCGGGGUAACAUCGUUCGAAAUCGCUUUGAGGAGAAGCGCCGGUAUUACAAGGAGAACAUGGAGAAAGUCAUCAAGGCGCAGAGCGUUAUCCGUGGGCGAAUCCAGGGUCAAGCCUACAAGAGUCUGACAAGCGGGAAGAACCCCCCUGUUGGAACGGUGAAAGGCUUUGUCCAUCUUCUCAAUGACAGCGAUUUCGACUUUGACGAGGAGAUUGAGUUUGAACGCCUGCGAAAAGUGGUUGUCCAGCAAGUGCGGCAAAACGAACUUGCGGAGCAAUACAUCAGCCAGCUUGACAUCAAGAUCGCCUUGCUCGUCAAGAACAAAAUCACUCUGGAUGAAGUCGUCAAGCACCAGAGGCACUUUGGUGGACACAUUGGAAAUCUGCUGUCCAACACAGAGAUCUCCUCCAAGGAUCCCUAUGAUCUCAAGGCUUUGAACAAGACGUCGCGGAAGAAGUUAGACCAGUAUCAAGUCUUUUUCUUUCUCCUACAGACCCAGUCACAGUACCUGGCCAGGCUGUUCCGGCGGCUUCGCGAAGUCAACACCUCGGACAAGGAAUACGAGCGAAUCAGGCACUUGAUGAUGGGUCUCUUCGGAUACUCCCAGAAGAGGCGCGAGGAGUACUAUCUUGUCAAACUUCUGGCAAGGUCUGCCAAAGAAGACAUCGAGAGCUUUGCAUCCAUUCCGGAGUUCUUGCGAUGCACCUCAUUCUGGAAUAAGCUCUUUGGCUCAUAUGUGAAGUCCCCGCGCGACCGGAAAUUUAUGCGCGACGUCAUGGGACCCGUGGUCAAGGAGUCUAUUAUCGACAACCGCGAUCUUGAUCUGGAAAGCGACCCAAUCCAGAUUUAUCGCUCCGCGAUCAACAACGAGGAGCUCCGGACUGGUCAGCGGAGCCGUCGGCAGCCCGACAUUCCCAGAGAAGAAGCGAUCCGAGACCCGGAAACAAGAGCGACUUUCAUUCAACACUUGCAAGAUCUCCGUGACGUUGCCGACCAAUUCUUUGCGGCUCUGGAGGACUUCCUAUACCGCAUGCCUUUCGGAAUCAGGUAUCUUGCUCAGCAGAUGUACGAAUGCUUGACCCAACGUUUCUCAGAAGAAGAUCCUGGGUUUAUUCUCCAGACUGUCGGGUUCUGGGUGUGGAAGAACUACUUCCAGCCCGCAGUCCUGGAGCCAGAGAGAUACGGCGUUGUCGACCGGGGCUUGACUCAGGAACAGAAGAGAAACCUUGGGGAAAUUUCCAAGGUUGUCGCCCAGGUUGCCUCGGGCAGGCUCUUUGGUGCUGAAAAUGUAUACCUUCAGCCCUUGAAUCAAUACAUCGGGGAGUCAAUCCAACGGCUCGGACGUAUCUGGGGUCAGAUGAUUGCGGUGCAAGAUGCAGAGUCGUAUUUCGACAUUGACGAAUUCAACGAUCUUUACGCCAAAGCCAAGCCUACCUUGUACAUCAAGAUGUCGGACAUCUUCUCAAUUCAUCAACUUGUUGCGUCCGAGAUCAGCUACAUUUGCCCACAGCCCGAUGAUUUCCUCAAGGAUCUCGUGCGUGAUCUUGGCAACGUGAAAUCCAACGAGAACGAAUUGAUGAGCGUCAGCUCAACCGAGAUCAAUCUCACCUUGAACCCGAAGCUGGCUCAAGUCGAAGAUCCGGAAGCCGAGGUGAAGGCGUUGUUUAUGGAGACGAAGAGAUGCAUUCUUUACAUUAUCCGAGUCCAGACCGGUACCAACCUGAUGGACAUCAUGGUCAAGCCACCAACGGAGGAGGAUGAAGAAAGGUGGCGGACGCUGGUGCGAGAAGAGCUACAUACCAACAAUCCUCGCCGGGGCGCCUACUCUGAGGCCAGCACUUUGGUCGACAUUGGAUCAAUGGACUACGGAGAGCUCAAGCGCACUGCACUCGAGAAUAUCCUUCGCCUAGAGCAGACUGGCAAGAUCAAUCGUCACAAUUAUUAUCAGGACCUCCUGAACGCCAUUGCCAUUGACAUUCGCACCAAACACCGCCGGAGAAUCCAGCGGGAACGUGAACUGGAGGGUUCCCGAUUGACCUCGGCCCGCCUGAACGAUCAAGCCACCUACUUGGAACAGCAGCUCAAGACAUACAACGACUACAUUGAGCAGGCGAUGAUCACGCUGCAGAACAAGAAAGGAAAGAAGCGGUUCCUGAUGCCGUUCACCAAGCAGUGGGAUCACCAGCGAGAACUUCAGAAAUCCGGCAAGGUAUUCAAAUUCGGGUCCUACAAGUACUCUGCUCGUACCCUGGCCGACCGCGGCGUUCUGGUUUCAUGGAAGGGCUACACCGAGCGGCAGUGGGAUCGCGUGGAUUUGACCAUCUCCAGCAACGAGGUCGGCGUGUUUACCAUUGACGGCAGCAGUGGCAACAUGAUGAUCCCCGGCGCCAACGCGCAGGUGCCGUUGGACGACUUGCUGCAGGCCCAGUUCAACAACAUGCAGUUUAUGGACUUCUUCGACGGGCAUAUGCGGGUCAAUGUCAACCUAUUCUUGCAUCUGAUCAUGAAGAAGUUCUAUAAUGAAUGA